UUUGUCUGACAUAAAACAGGUAAGCAACUGAGAUUUAAUGCCCCUAAAAUUAAGUAAAUUAGUUGUAUGAACUGAACUUGAAUGCACCAGAUGGGGGAAAUUUGGCGUAUCUUUCUGGGAACAAGCAAGCAGCUAGAAAAGACAGAAGGUGACUCUUCUUUAGUUUUUUUCUGUGCUUAGAUCCCAUCUUUAUAUUUGCAGCAAAAUUAUUCAGAGGGAUAAAAAUUUGUGCAUUGGACGGAAGAAAUUUAAUAUGGAUCCUGUUAAGGGUAUUCAAUAUUUCGUUGAGCACAAGGUACUCUCCUUGGAUGCAGAAGAAAUUGCCAGCUUUCUUUACCAGGGAGAAGGACUCAAUAAGACAGCCAUAGGAGAUUACCUGGGGCAAAGGGAUCCACUGAACCUCCAGAUUCUGCAGGCUUUUGUAGAAUGUCACCAGUUUGCCAAUCUCAAUCUUGUGCAAGCGCUAAGGCAGUUUCUGUGGAGUUUCCGCUUGCCCGGAGAAGCCCAGAAGAUUGACCGUAUGAUGGAAGCCUUUGCCAAUUGGUACUGUCAGUGCAACCCAGGCAUUUUCCAGUCAACAGAUGCCUGCUACAUCCUGUCAUUCUCUGUCAUUAUGUUGAAUACCAGCCUCCACAAUCCAAAUGUCAAAGAUAAACCUCCAUUUGAGCGGUUUGUGUCCAUGAACAGGGGCAUCAAUAAUGGAUCAGAUCUUCAAGAGACAGUAUUGAAGAAUUUAUUUGAUAGUAUCAAGAACGAACCAUUCUCCAUCCCAGAAGAUGACGGAAAUGACCUCACCCACACUUUCUUCAACCCUAGUCGGGAAGGCUGGCUCCUCAAGCUAGGAGGCAGAGUGAAGACCUGGAAACGCCGCUGGUUCAUUCUGACAGAUAAUUGCCUGUACUAUUUUGAAUACACCACAGACAAAGAGCCUCUGGGGAUUAUUCCACUGGAAAACCUAUCAAUUCAACCAGUAGAUGAUCUGAAGAAACCAAAUUGCUUUGAGCUCUUCAAUGCAAACUGCAAAGGGCAGAAGAUCAAAGCUUGCAAGACUGAUGGGGAUGGAAAGGUGGUGGAAGGCAAGCACCAAUCCUAUAAGAUCUCUGCAGCCUCCCAGGAGGACCGUGACCUAUGGAUUGAAGCCAUACGAACCAGUAUCACUAGAGACCCUUUCUAUGACCUGGUUGCUGCUCGUAAGAAAAAAGUUGCCAUCAAAAAAUGAACCUUCUGACUAGUACCAUCUUGUUCAGUGGAUGAUUAACACCAAGAAAUGACUUCCUUGAAGUCCUAAUGGCAAAAUUCCUCAACUAUCUCUAUGAGACAGGCAAGCGACUGAAAGGAUGAUCAGUGACCUGCUUCCAUUUCCCGGAGUCAAAGUAUGCAGAAUCAGAGACUGCUACAGGAAUUCUAUCUUGCCUUCAUGUUCAGAAAACAAGCACAAAUUUCUGAGGUUAUGGAGCAGGAUAUAAUUGUGUGCAUGUGCAUAUGUGUGGGUCAGGAAAUCCAGGAAAUGGCACACUUCAGCAGUUGCAGUGUUUUAUACAUGUAAAACUAGAUUUUUUUAUAUUAACUCCUCCCCCAUCUGAUUCACUGUUUUGGAGUCUCUAGAAUAAUGAUGCUGUCUGAGAUAAAUUUACUUGGAAUAAUAGUAUGAAGGGCAAAGGUGAACUAAUAGACUCAAGGGAUGCAAUGGAGCUUGGCCAGAAUAAACACAUAUUACUGUGUUGCUGAGCUUGGCAAAUGGCUCUUUUGGGCAUGCGCAUCAUUGCCAUGUUUAUUGUAAUACUGAACAUUAGUUUUGCAGGACAGAACCUUCCAGCCAAAAUCAAGCUCUAAAUAAACAAUGCAGCAAGUGGUUAGUUCCUAGGUUCUUUGAGUUGGCUGGUCCAUCAAUGUUGGAACAGCUGAAAAGUGUGAUUACAGAUCAGUAUUUGUUUCCUUCCCUCCUCUUCUGAAACAUUCACUAACCCAGAGGAUCAAAAACUAGAUUUUGCUAUGGAAGAGUUACAUUCAAAUUCCAUCUUGACCAUAGCUGAUCUUGGGGAAAUUAUUUUCUUCUCCUCUUAGGUUUUCAUCUGUAAAAUGAGUUCUGUAAAAAUAUAAAACUUGUUUAAUGUGGUUAUGAAGAACUGGGUUGUUGUAAGAGUGAUGGCUACUUGUAAAAUUGUAAAUGAGGACUACUAUAAUUUUUUUAAGUAAGUAGAUGUAAAGAGUUGCAUGUUAUUAAAAUAUACUUCCAUAUGCACAGAAUUAGGGUGUGUUGUUUUCCACACAGAUUCAAACAGAUGGAGAAAUAACAACUUUUCUUUUCAAAUAAAAAAAAUGAAAAAAACAUCUUGCAGUCUUAUGCGCUUGUGGUUUUGUUUUUGUUUUAUCAACAUAAAACAGAAGCAGGAGGUACGUUGCAUGUCUCUAUUGCUUUUCUUUUUUCUUAUGAAUCUCACUACACAACUUGGAAAAAUAUCAAAGACUUGUUAGAUGCAAAAAAUCUUAAAUUCACCAAACAGCAACCCUAGUUGCUGCUAGUCAAAGAAAGGAAGUCCAACUUGGAUGGGCCAACAAAUAACCUGAUAUAAGAUAGCAUCUAAUAUUACCACUGAUAGGUUUGGAAGCUGAUAUCACUCAAGGAUACAGAAGAUGUACCCUUAUUCAGAAUAAGGGUACACAGAAAUGAUCUAAGUCAAUUUUGGGUUUUAUCCAGAGCUCCUAAAGCAGAUCAGUCUGAUCUAACUCACUGCAAAGAUCCCAUCUGGUAUAAAUCCAUGAUCCUAAGUGAGUUCUGAGAAAAGAGAGCUCUAUUCAAUCUUGUUCUAGCAUGUGGAAGAAACAUGUGCUUGUUUGUUUUAAUUUUUACAGAAUAAAAUGACAUUUGCAGAAAAGCUAUACAUGUAAUGGAUGGAUGAAAUAUAAUCACUAUCAGAAUAAUUUGUAUGGAGGGUUUGAACUAGGCUCCUUUAAAAUCUGGUUUCUUUAUUUAGAAAAGUGCCCACAACCCUGUCAUUUGGCGAUAGGAUAAUAGCCUCUCUGGUGGGAAACAACCACAAUUUUCAGAUUAGGUUGAGAAGUAUUUUGCAAAAGGAAGGGUGCUCUGAAGAAUGGUGAUGCCUUUCCUGAAUGUAGUAGAGCUGAUUAUUAGGGAUUGAGGCAAAAGUAUAAGGCAUUAACUCAUCAUGGUUUGCAUGAAUUUAAUCAGUUUGUAGGUCUAGCUUACACAGUUUGCCAAACACGAACACAGCUGCUCAGCUGAAAGGACGGGAUAACAAUGAGGUGACAAAAUAUUAAUGCCAUCUGCUGGCUGGUGAAUGAAAUAAUGAUCUGAAUUUGAAUAUUCUAUUGCAUCCUGGCUUACAAUCCUUUCACAACUUUUUUUUAAGUUCACCAAUGUGAGGAAUGUUAGCAUGUGUAGUUUGAUCCUUUGGUUUAAUUCCUCAUCUUAAAAUUGGAGAUUCAUGAAUUGAUGUCCCCAGAUUAUUGGGAAUAUGUGUAGUAGAAAAAUGAUAACACUAACAAGCAGCUCCAAACAAGUUAUAGGUAACACUGAAUACAAUCAAGGUUGGAUGCUGGUAGCAAUUCCACAGCUACGCAGGAAAAAAAUGCAUAAAGUAGACUCAGUUUUUUGGAAUAUUAUUAUUAUUAGCACCAAGCCUUUGUAAUUCUGAAAUACAGCCUGAAAAUGUGUGAAUGCCAGAGAAGAAAUAAUUAAAGAUUUAUUGAUGCCAAUCUAUGUACGGUCAUCUAUUGUUUUAGCACUCUCUGUUUUAGCUAAUACAUUAUCUGUUUCUGCUAAUGUUGUAUUUACUUGUUACCUGAAUUAUUUAUACAUUAUUAUUAUGGUUUAAUUAGAUUACUUUGUAUUUUUAAUUGCAA